AUGGUAAAUAUCCAGAAGAAGCUCGAGCAGAUCCAGCAGGACCACCAUGUAGUCCAUGACAUGAACAAGGACAAACUGGGCGAAAUACUCUCCAUAGUCAAAGACAAAAAGUACCAGGAUCCAUCUACAUACUACCCACAGUCCCUUCUCUCCAAAAUGCUUCCAAACUGCUAUCCAAAAGCACCGAACGAAGGGAUCUUCAAGGUCAACAUAGAGGACAUGAAGAUGGACAACCUUCAUGAGGAGACGCUCUUUUAUAUCUUCUAUACAUUUCCAAAUGACAAGCUACAGGCAAAGGCCUAUGACAACAUUCUGAAAAGAAAGUAUGUCUUCUGCAGAAUGUACAAGUGUUUUGUCACAUUCAACUCUCCACUAAUUGCUGACCAUGUCAAGAGAUCCAUCACAAUGUUUGAUCCAUUUAGCUGGUCAAAGGUGUCUAUAGAAGUUGUUUUUGACGAAAGAUUCAUUCGGUCAUUGGAGAGGUAA